AUGAGAGUCUGUGUUGCCAUAAUUCUGGCCUCUGUAGUCCUAGGGGCUUCUUCCCCUCAAACUAUUGAGAUUUCCGUGAAAGAUACCGAGACUUCCAACAUCGCCAAUAUCCACCUCAAAUAUCCCAACACUAGCUUUGAGGAUCAUGUUUUUAUGUACGGCGAUUGCGAUGCAGUCGACUCCAAAGACCAUCAUCAUGUUGCAAAUGUUCCAAGUGGCACUUACCCUAGCGGUGACACUCGACUGGUCUGGGUAAUUCCUGAUACUGUCCAUUCUCGUCGCUGCAUUUCAGCUUGGGAGCAAAGCAGAUUAAUCGGGCGAAGUGAGCCGCUGAAUCUAGAUAAGAUUUUUCAUGCCAGAAUGGCCAGACGAGACCACAUUCCCAUGUCAAAUGAGUCUGGUAUAGAUGCAGAAGGACCCUGGUUCAAAGGUGUGGAGCUCCUUCAGAAUAAGGAACUCGGAGUCGUGGAUGUGAAGAAGGCUAAGAGCAAAUCAAUCGGAAUUCUCGGUGCUGGAAUCUCAGGUUUGAUGACCUAUUUCAUCAAGUUCCUCCUCCACAGUGUUGGGUUUACGAAUCUUGAAGUUUCCGAGUCCACCAAUCGCGUUGGGGGUCGCAUCUGGACUGAGUACUUCGAUCUUCCCGACUCAAAAUAUCAAUAUCAAGAAUUCGGAGCCAUGCGGAUUCCUAUCACUGCAACCUUUCCAAUGGGCAAUGAGACCUUGACAUUGAACUUCACCUACCAUCAAAUGGUUUUCCAGCUUAGCGAAGCAUUGAACAAACUGAACAAGUAUAAUGAAUCACUCAACAUCGACUGGAUUCCUUUCAUCUAUAACAGCGAUAAUGCCCUAUCCUUGAUCAAAGACAACCGAAAUCCAGAUGGUUCCAUCCCGACUAUUGGUGAUGUUGCGCGGAAUAGGUCUAUUGGCGCAUCAACUAUCCAUACUCCUCAUUUGGAUGAUCUCAAAAACAAGUUGGGAAAGAUUAUGCUUGACCCUGCAAUGAUGAAGCUCAUUGCCAGCAACAUCUUUGAAGCACAUAAGAAGUUUCUUGACGUUGGACUCGACGGCAAGGGAGGAGAUGACUGGUCAAAGGCGGAUUACAUUCACAAUGUGCUAGGCUUCGAUCUGAACACCAUUGACCUUGUCAAUGAUCUCCUCCCAAAUGCUGCUCCUUUUUGGGCACAUAUGACUGAUGACCUAUUCUUCUCAUCCAAAGAGUGGAAGACGAUCGACAAAGGAAUGAUUCGACUACCAAACGCCUUCAAGCCGCUGAUACAAGAAAACCUGAGAUAUCAUCGAAAAAUCCAGAAGAUUGAAUAUCUCGACUCGAAAAAGAAGGUCCAGGUGUCCUGGAAGAAUAAGUACACCGAUCGUCAAUUUGAAAACGCUACAUAUGACUACGCUUUCGUCUCUGUUCCUUUCACGGUGGUUAGGAAAUGGGAGCUUCCAGAGUUUUCUCCCACCCUAGCAAACGCUAUCUCUAAACUCGGCUACGGGUCUGCCUGCAAGGUGGCACUAGAAUUCAAAUCCCGAUUCUGGGAGCACCUCGACCGCCCCAUUUUCGGAAGCUGCAAUACCCAGACCGAUGUGCCCGGAAUCGGGAGUAUUUGCUACCCCAGUUACAACAUAAACGGCACUGGCCCUGCAGUUGUUCUCGCCAGCUACAAUCAGGAUGAUUACGGGAAGCGCUGGGUGUCGACUCCCAAGGAGGAACAUGCGCAAUAUGUUCUAGAUUCCUUUGCUCGGCUUCAUGGUGAGAUUGUUUAUGAGCAAUAUACUGGGAACUUCAAGCGUGUCUGUUGGUUGGAAGAGGAGUUUAACGCGGGGGGCUCUUGGGUUGAUGCUGGUGUUGGGCAGCAUAAGCUUUAUAUGCCUUCUUACUUCAAUACUGAAAAUAAUAUCAUAUUUAUCGGGGAACAUACCGCCUAUACUCAUUCAUGGAUUGCCUCGGCCUUGGAAUCAUCUGUUCGUGGCACAGUUCAGCUUCUACUGGAAUUGGGCUUGGUGGACGAGGCGAAGGAGAUUACGGAAACAUGGAUGGGCAAAUGGGUUACUGUUUGA